UUGACGUCAGAAAACGUGUCGGUCGUCUGCAUUUAAGGAAAACACCGCUAGUCCAAGCAAAAGCAGUCACAUUGACUUACCAUGGCUCGUGGAAAGGGCAACCACGGCUGGUCGGUGGUCCGGCUGGCAGUUGUGGCGGUGAUGUGCUGCUUAAACGUUGCAGCCCACCGGCAUGCUGCGAGGCCGACGGUGGCCGAGGCCUCCGACCUCGUCUAUCUGUUCCACCGACCCGCAGAGCCCGUCUUCUCCCUGCGGGGCGUGCACCGCAAUGUGGCGUUCGACGUGCCUCGCCCCUACCUGCCUGAGCGCUACCGCCACGUUGCUCAAGAGAUCCGUGCUGCCGCCUUGCGCAGCGGCGCACGCCUCAUCCUGGUGCCCAAUCUUCCAAUGCCAGAGAAAGAGUUCGCAGAUGUCAACGGGAUCCUACCUUACCGGAGUCCGUUUACCAUCUCGGCACCAACGUUUCUCAACCUCGUCAGACGAUUCUGGCACUUUUUUCGUGACAGCAAAACGGUGCCUGAGCUGGUGGCAAAGGCUGUGUGGGCUCGACUUCAUUUCAACCCGGAGAUGAUUCUGCACACACUUCUUCUCACGAUGUUGAGGUCCUCUCUUAAGGGUGUAAAGGACGUUCAGAUACCAGAGCUUCCCCAGUACAUUCCUGAACUUUACACAGACGACGAGUUCUUUGCGAAGGUCCGCGAGGAGAUGUACUUCCUUCCAGAAAAAAAUAGAAUCCCGGUGCCCGUGUUGAGAAACGUGACGGCGGAUAAGGAGUCACCGCUGUGGUACUUCCGGGAAGAUCCUAAUUACAACGUGUUCCACUGGAAAUGGCAUGCGAGGUACCCCAUGGGAUACGACGACCCGCAGUACGUGGACCUGCCUCGCCGAGGAGAAUUGUUCGUGCAUCUGCAUCGGCAGAUUGUUGCUCGGUACAACGCUGAGAGACUUCACUAA